AUGGCGACCUGUGACAUGGAGGAGCAAUCAGGGGUCACUGGGCAGCCCACGCUGAGGUGGCAGCUCCUCCCCAGCAUCUCUCCCAACCCUGACAGGGAAGAACUUGCUGCCAUUUGGAUCACGGCUCCCAGAGAGGAGGUUGCCUACGUGACCUGCACCUACAGGGAAACGGGCAUCGACCAGCCUGACUUCCUGGCCACCAUCGACCUCAACCCCUGCUCCUCGUGCUAUGGCCAGGUGAUCCACCGCCUGCCCAUGCCCAACCUCAAGGACGAGCUGCAUGCCUCGGGCUGGAGCACUGGCUGCACCUGCCCUGACACUGCCUCCAGGAAAUGGGACAAGCUGGUUCUUCCCUGUUUGGUUUCUUCCCGCAUUUACGUGGUGGAUGUGGGCUCUCAGUGCCGGACUCCCCGGCUGUGCAAGAUGAUUGAGCCCGUGGAUGUCUUCUGGAAGUGCAACAAGGGGUACCUGAACGUCCCCCGCAGCCUGCCCAACGGGGACAUCCUGAUUGCCAACAUGGGGGAUCCCGCGGGCAACGGAAAAGGGGGAUUUGUGGUGCUGGAUGGAAAGACCUUUGAGCUGAAGGGGAACUGGGAGAACGGGUGUGAGGUCCCUCCCACGGGCUACGACUUCUGGUACCAGCCACGCCACAACGUUCUGAUGAGCACUGGGGGAGUGGUCCCCAAAAUUGCCUUCCGUGGAUUUUGCCCCGAGGACUUCAAGAAAGGGGUCUUUGGGCGCCGCCUGAACGUCUGGAACUUGUCCUGCCACAGCCUCAGCCAGUGCUUCGACCUGGGCGAGGACUCUCUUCCCAUCAGUGUGAAGUUCCUCCACAACCCCGAGGCGGCCGAGGGAUACGUCGCCUGCGCCCUGAGCGGCGUCGUCUACCGCUUCUGCAAGUGUGAGGGAGACAACUGGGCAGUGGAAGAGGUGAUCCGGAUACCGGCCAAGGACGUGGAUGGAUGGAUCAUGCACAAGAUGCCAGCCUUCAUCGCCGACCUGGUGAUCUCGCGGGACGACAAGUACCUGUAUCUCAGCAACUGGUUCCACGGGGACAUCCGGCAGUACGAGCUCUCCAAGAACUGCAAGCCCCAGCUGGUGGGACGGGUGUUUGUGGGAGGCAGCAUCCCCAGGUGUGGCCCCGUGACCGUGUGCCGGGACGAGGAGCUGAAGUGCCAGCCGGAGCCCUUGGUGGUCAAGUGCAAGCGGGUGGGCGGCGGGCCCUGCAAACUGCAGCUCAGCCUGGAUGGCAAGAGGCUGUACGUCACCAACUCCUUCUACAGCACCUGGGACAAGGAGCUGUACCCUGAGAUGGUCAGGGAGGGCUCUGUCAUGCUGCAGAUCGACGUGGACACGAACAAGGGCGGCCUGAGCGUCAACAAGAACUUCCUGGUGGACUUUGGAAAGGAACCCAACGGGCCUUGCCUGGCCCAUGAGAUCCACUUCCCCUCUGGAGACUGCACCACCGAGAUCCUGCCCUAGGCGCCCUGGGAAAGGCUCCCUCCUUCUCUCUCUGCGGGGCAGCCCCGAAGAAGGGGCGCGGGGCUGUUGGGUUGGGGGUCCCCCUUCACUGCUGGGGUCUAGGUUUCUGCUAGCCUGAGCUGCAAGCUCUGCCCUGCACGGGUUUCCUUUGGGCAGACCAGUGGGCAGGACACGUGGCACCUUCUGGGGCUGCUUCCAGGUCCAGGCCACCCCUGGGCAGGGCUCCGAGCAGGGCCCAGGGCAGCUGCUCACACCAGGGCUGUGCAGGCUCUGGCAGCAGCAAGUGAAGUGCCCGCUUCCUGGGAGCUCCUCUUCUUCAGCCAGGUCCUUCCUGGAUGGUCUUUCCCUGGCACCAGAGCCCUGGGGCUCCCUUGGCAC